AUGUUACUUUCUCUUUCUGAAACCUUCUUUCGUUUGUUCUUUCACUCUUUCGUUCAUUCAUUUGUUUGCUCGUUCAAAAUAACAAAGAGCGCUCUUUCUUCUUUUAUUUCUUUUCUUCUUCUUUUCCUCUCUGCUUUCUUUCUUCCCUUUUUUCAUUUUCUUUCCUUUCUUUCUUUCUUUCAUCUUUUGUUCAUUCAAAAUAAAAAAAAAGAGCUUUCCUUCUUCCAUCAUCUCUCCUCUUUUUCUCUGCUUUAUCACCAUUUUCUUUCCUUCUUUUUCCUUUCUUUUUUCAUUCUUUCUUUCUUUCAUUCUCUUAUUUUUCCUUCUUUCUCACUCACUCUCUCUCUCUCUCUCUCUCUCUUUGUCAUUUUCUUUUUGCUUUCUCUUAACAAAAUCUACUUUUUCUCAUUUUACCAUUGUCAAUCUCUUGUUCUCUCUUUUUUUUUCUUUCUCUUCUUUUUUUGUUUCUCCAUUUCUUUUUUUGUUUCUCCAUUUCUUUUUUCAUUUCUCCUUUUCUUUUCUUUUUCCUUUUUUCUUUUUUAUUUCUUCUUUUCUUUUUUAUUAGUCUUUUCUUUUUAUUUCUAUUUUUCUUUUUCUUUUUCCUUUUCUUUUUAUUUCUUUUUCUUUUUUAUUUCUUCUUUUCUUUUUUCAUUUCUCCUUUUCUUUUUUAUUAAUUUUUCUUUUUUAUUUCUAGUUUUCUUUUUUCGUUUUCUCUUUUGUUUUUCAUUUCUCUUUUUUCUCUUUUUCUUUUUUCUCCUUUUCUUUUUAUUUUUCCUUUUCUUUUUUCUUUUUCCUUUUCUUUUUUAA